GUGCAGAGCGACUGCGCGGCCCGAGGGAGGAUCGCUACGGGAGGCGUCGCCGCCAGACCUCCACCAUGUAAACACACACUAGCAUAGGACGAGUUGCAGUCAGGCAGGCGCACACACCCGGCCCCUCCGCUCGCUCCCUUGUGUCCCGCGUCCCAUUUCUUGUGCAGCGCCACACAGUCUGUGCGUGACGCCCUCGGGACAAGCCUGUACCGGCUUGUUUGGACAUUUCGACUUCUGUGCCAGUUGCGGAGACAUUACUGAUGAGAGGGAAGACUGCGCGUUGUCAUCGAGAUUGCGAAGGCAUGGUAGCGAGGGCCGGGUCACCGAGUGAGCGAGGCACGUGAGAUGUGCCGCUGCUCGUCGCCGCCGCCGCCGCCCCCGCGCUGCCGCCCCUCGUCCAGGUGAGGCGUUUCCCUUCCCCUGGGUUCUCACUCCUCUCCCAUCCGCGGCAUGCACCUCCCACGACGCGCCUGCAGCCUGCUGGGGAUCCUAUGCGUCGUACUCUGCUGCUUGCUCUAUGUGGCCGAUUACUAUGACUACUACUACUCUCGCACUGCUGUCCCCGAGCAACAGCAGCGCCACCGAGGGCACGAAGGCGCCGUCGCUGACGCUCGCGCCGGCCCCCUUCUCCUGCCGCUGGCCCAAUCGGACGCUAGAGGAGGAAAAACAGAAGGAGCAGGAGCAAGAGAAGCAGGAUCCGCUGCUAGCCACGCGCCCGGCGAGCAGAGAAAGAGGAAGGACCAGACGACCGCUGCUAAGAAGAAGAAACGGCGCUGUAAGAAGAGGAAGUGCAAGAGGACCUCUGCGGAGAGCGAGGGCGACGGCGACGAGGCGGACAACCGCGGCGACGACGACACGACGUUCACGCUGAACGCCGUGUUGGACGGCGCGCCCGUCUGGAGCGAGUUCGCCGACCGCGGAUACACCAUCGUGGGUGAGUUGGUCUUCGCCUGUUUCGGCUUAACACAGGCGGCUCUUUGCCUUAGGGAAGCGAGACGCCCAAGGACCGCGUCCUGCCAAGCCUGCGAGGGCGAGCGGUCUGAGGUAGAUGGCACAAGAAUUGCCAUGAACAAAGUUCGUUUUGAAACAAUACACAAUGGAAAAACAUGA